AUGCUGGAAGACAACAUGGUGACUUUUGUAAAGACGGAGCUGAAGAAGAUCCAGAAUGUUCUGAGUCCAGAUUACCUAGAAUGCUCAGAGAGACAGAGGGAGGAUGAAGAUCUGGGGAGCAGCAGAGACAUGUUUCAGCAAAUCACAGUGUUCUUCCUGAGGAGGAUGAAGCAGGAGAAGCUGGCUGACCAUCUGCAGAACAAACUUGCUGCUGCAGUUUGUGGACGUGAACUUAAAUGUGGUCUGAAGACGAAGUUCCAGAGAGUGUUUGAGGGCAUCGCUAAAGCAGGACAGCCGACCCUCCUGAAUGAGAUCUACACAGAGGUGUAUAUCACAGAGGGAGGGACUGCAGAGGUCAAUGAUGAACAUGAGGUCAGACAGAUUGAAGCAGCAUCCAGGAAAGCAAACAGAGCAGAAAGAAGCAUCAGACCAGAAGACAUCUUUAAAGGCUCACCUGGAAGAGAUGGACCAAUCAGAACAGUGAUGACAAAGGGAGUGGCUGGCAUCGGGAAAACAGUGUUAACACAGAAGUUGACUCUGGACUGGGCUGAAGACAAAAGCAACCAGGACAUCCAAUUCAUGUUUCCAUUGACUUUCAGAGAGCUGAAUGUGCUGAAAGAGAGAAAGUUGAGCUUGGUGGAACUUGUUCAUCACUUCUUCAGUGAGACCAAAGCAGCAGGAAUCUGCAGCUUUGAAGACUUCCAGGUUGUGUUGAUCUUUGACGGUCUGGAUGAGUGUCGCCUUUCUCUGGACUUCCACAACAAUGAUGUUAGAGAGUCCACCUCAGUGGAUGUGCUGCUAACAAACCUGAUCAGGGGGAAGCUGCUUCCCUCUGCUCGCCUCUGGAUAACCACACGACCUCCAGCAGCCAAUCAGAUCCCUCCUGACUGUGUGGACAUAGUGACGGAGGUCAGAGGGUUCACUGACCCACAGAAGGAGGAGUACUUCCGGAAGAGAUUCAGAGAUAAGAAAAAGGCCAGCAGCAUCAUCUCCCACAUGAAGAAGUCACGAAGCGUCCACAUCAUGUGCCACAUCCCAGUGUUCUACUGGAUUACUGCUACAGUUCUGGAGGACCUGCUGAGAAGCAGAGAGGGAGGAGAUCUGCCCAGAACCCUGACUGAGAUGUUCAUCCACUACCUGGUGGUUCAGGCCAAAGUCAAGAAGGUCAAGUAUGAUGGAGGAGCCGAGACAGAUCCACACUGGAGUCCAGACAGCAGGAGGAUGAUUGAGUCUCUGGGAAAACUGGCUUUUAAUCAGCUGCAGAGAGGAAACCUGAUCUUCUAUGAGUCUGACCUGACAGAGUGUGGCAUCGAUCUGGAAGCAGCCUCAGUGUACUCAGGAGUGUUCACACAGAUCUUCAAAGAGGAGAGGGGGCUGUACCAGGACAAGGUAUUCUGCUUCGUCCAUCUGAGUGUUCAGGAGUUUCUGGCUGCUCUUCAUGUCCAUCAGACCUUCAUCAACUCUGGAAUCAAUCUGCUGGAAGAACAACAAACUGCAUCCAAGAAGCUGAAAGUGUUUCAAAACAAACCUAAACUACACCAUCUCCACCAGAGAGCUGUGGACGUGGCCUUACAGAGUCCAACUGGACACCUGGACUUGUUCCUGCGCUUCCUCCUGGGUCUGUCACUGCCAACCAAUCAGAAUCUCCUACGAGGUCUGCUGACACACACAGGAAGAAGCUCACAGACCAAUCAGAAACCAGUGGAGUACAUCAAGAAGAAGAUUGGUCAGGAUCAGUCUGCAGAGAGAAGCAUCAAUCUGUUCCACUGUCUGAAUGAACUGAAGGAUGUUUCUCUGGUGGAGGAGAUCCAACAGUCCCUGAGAUCAGGACGUCUGUCCACAGAUAAACUGUCUCCUGCUCAGUGGUCAGCUCUGGUCUUCAUCUUACUGUCAUCAGGAGAAGAUCUGGAGGAGUUUGACCUGAAGAAGUUCUCAGCUUCAGAGGAGGCUCUUCUGAAGCUGCUGGUGGUGGUCAAAGCCUCCAACAGAGCUGUACUGAGCAGAUGCAACCUGACAGAGAGAAGCUGUGAAGUUCUGAACUCAGUCCUCAGCUCUGAGUCCUCCAGUCUGAAACUUCUGGACCUGAGGAACAACAACCUGAAGGAUUCAGGAGUGAAGCUUCUUUCUGAUGGACUAAAGAGUCCAAACUGUGAACUGGAAACUCUCAGGUCAGGAUCUAACUGUUUCCUGUGCUUGCAUUUACUUGAAGUAUUUCCUAAUUAUUUGUACUGAAAAUCUUUCCUUAGACUGAGCAGCUGUAAUCUCUCAGAGAGAAGCUGUGAAGUUCUGAACUCAGUCCUCAGCUCUGAGUCCUCCAGUCUAAAACAUCUGGACCUGAGGAACAACAACCUGAAAGAUUCAGGAGUGAAGCUUCUUUCUGAUGGACUGAAGAGUAAAAACUGUGAACUGGAAACUCUCAGGUCAGAAAAAAAAUGUUGUAAAGAAUCAUCUGGAAAAUGCUAUACUGAGCCUUUGUGUGUGUUUAGUCUGUCAGGUUGUCUGGUCUCAGAGGAAGGAUGUUCUUCUCUGGUCUCAGCUCUGAGAAUAAACCCCAACCAUCUGAGAGAGCUGGACCUAAGCUACAACCAUCCAGGAGAGUCAGGAAAGAAGCUGCUGUCAACUCUACAACAAGAUCCAGACUGCAGACUGGAAACUCUCAGGUUGGAUCAUGGAGGAGCUCACAGACUGAACCCUGCUCUGAACAAGUAUUCCUGUAAACUCACAGUCGACAUGAACACAGUCAACAGAAAACUCAGACUGUCUGACAACAACAGGAAGGUGACAAAUGUGAAGGAAGUUCAGUCGUAUCCUGAUCAUCCAGAAAGGUUUGAGAUCUGUCCUCAGCUGCUGUGUACAACUGCUCUGACUGGUCACGGUUACUGGGAGGUCCAGUGGAGAGGAGUGGUUCUAAUAUCAGUGAGUUACAGAGGAAUCAGAAGGAGAGGAUACAGUGGAGGUAGUCUGUUUGGAUGGAAUGAUCAGUCCUGGAGUCUGAUCUGCUCUGAUGAUGGUUACUAUGUCAGACACAAUAACAUAAAAAGAGCCAUCAGAUCCUCCUUGGUCUCUCACAGAAUAGGAGUUUAUGUGGACAUUCCUGCUGGACUUUUGUCCUUCUACAGUGUCUCUGAUUCUCUGACACACCUCCACACCUUCAGCACCACCUUCACUAGACCUCUGCAUCCAGGGUUUGGACUCUCCUCCGGUUCCUCAGUGUCUCUGGGUGAUCUGUAGGUCUGAGAGUUUCAGAGAACAGAAACUCUACUGAGUGAAGAUCAUCUUCUGGUUCACCUUCAUCUUCUCUGAACUGUGGAGCAGUUCAUCACUCAAACAUUCAUCUGUGUAAUUCCUGAAGUCACCUGAUUUCUGAUUUCAUCAUUUAUCAUCUGUAGAUUCUCAGUCUUCCUGGUCCUGUUAAUCCUCAGUUUUUCAGGAGAAGCGGCUAGACUUCUCUUUUUGAUUCUUGUUUCUCCUUCAUCCAAGAGUCUUCCUCAUUUCUAACUGACUGGUGGAGAAUCUCAGGUUUUUAUUCUCAAACUAAAAACAUUUGACUUAAGGUCCUUUAGUGACCCACAACUCGCCUGAUGGAGGUGUUAAUGGAGCUGAAACUGCCUGGUGAGGGAUGUCAGGAUGCAUUCUAAGUACCUGAUAAGUGGUGUCUUCAGGAAGCAAAAAUAAAAGGCGAGUUUCAUUCAUCUGAAACACUCGAUGUCAUCAGUUAUUCUAUGAACUUGUUUCUAGUGAACUUUGUGCAUAAAAGCAGUCGGAUGGAAACUGAAAAAUUGACGUCAACUAUUAUGUAAAAUGAGUGUCUUUGUGGAUGAAUCAUGAUUCUUCUGUAUCCUUUUUGUAAUGACCACAUUAACCAUGUUUGAUUAAAAUAAGUAAAAUCAUUCAA